AAGGAUUAAAAAGGAACAAAGGAGUCGAUAGAUGUUAGAGUUAUGCCCUCAGAAGCUGAGCAACGAACCCCAAAACCACGAACUGAAAUCCCAAUUAUGAAACCCUAGAAAAUUAUCUGAAUCGGUUAAUUUAAUUAUCUGGUGUUGAGGAGGUACAAAAAGAAUGACGAUGGACCUACAAUUGAAAUCGUGUUGUAGCGGAUGCAGAUCAACCACCGAUCUCUACGGAAGCAAUUGCAAACACAUGACUCUCUGCUUAACCUGUGGCAAAACCAUGGCUGAAAACCGCGCUAAGUGCUAUGAUUGUGGAGCCACCCUAACUCGCUUGAUUCGAGAAUAUAAUGUUCGUGCAAGUUCUGCCAACGAUAAAAACUACUUUAUUGGAAGGUUUAUGACUGGGUUGCCUGAUUUUUCAAAGAAGAAAAGUGCUGAAAAUAAAUGGUGUCUGCAGAAGGAUGGAUUGCAGCGUCGAGAAGUUACUGAUGCUUUGCGGGAGAAGUUCAAGAACAGGCCUUGGCUCUUGGAGGACGAAACAGGUCAGUCCCAGUAUCAGGGUCAUCUUGAAGGUUCACAAUCAGCUACAUAUUACCUGUUAAUGAAGGAAAAGAAGGAGUUUGUUGCCAUNCCUGCUGGUUCCUGGUACAACUUUAACAAGGUUGCCCAGUAUAAGCAAUUGACUUUGGAGGAAGCAGAAGAGAAGAUGAAAAAUAGAAAAAAAACCGCUGAUGGAUAUCAAAGAUGGAUGAUGAAAGCAGCAAAUAAUGGGCCUGCUGCUUUUGGUGAACAUGGGAAGUUAGAUGAAAAGGAAAGCAACACAGGUGGUGGGAGAAGCCGAAAAAAAACUGGUGACGACGAUGAAGGCGUUGUCUCUGAUAAAGGAGAGGAAGAUGAAGAUGAGGAAGUAGAUAGGAAGAGUAGACUUGGACUGAAUAAAAAAAGUGGUUAUGAUGACGAUGAGGAUGAAGGUCCAAAGGGAGGGGACAGUGACAUAGAUGGCGAUGAUAUUGAAAAGGGUGAUGAUUGGGAGCAUGAAGAGAUUUUCACGGAUGAUGAUGAAGCUGUUGGUAAUGAUCCUGAGGAAAGGGAAGAUUUGGCUCCUGAAAUUCCUGCUCCUCCUGAAAUCAAGCAGGAUGAUGAUGAAGAGGAUGAAGAUAAUGAAGAAGAGGGAGGUCUGAGUAAAUCUGGGAAAGAGCUGAAGAAGCUGCUUGGGCGAACUAGUGGUCUGGAUGAAUCUGAUGCAGAGGAUGAUGACGACGAUGACGACGAUAUUGAUGACGAGGUUGGUGUUCCUCCUGUGACUGCUGCAAAGAAGGAACCUAAGGAAGAACCUGUUGACACCAGCCCUUCAAAACCCACAACAACAGGACCAGCUCGUGGAACACCUACUUCAAAGUCUUCAAAGGGGAAAAGAAAAGCAAGUGAGGAAGCAAAGCCAAAUAUUGCACCAACUAAGAAGGUCAAGACAGAAAAUGAACCAAAAUCAUCUGGAAAAGAUGUAAAUGGAUCUACAUCUAAAAGUAAUGCACCUUCCAAAGGUGCGCCGCCGCCACCAUCGAAAGCUGGGUCUUCUACUGCAGCUUCUGGACCUGUAACCGAGGAAGAAAUUAGGACUGUUCUAAUGCAGAAGACUCCAGUGACCACACAAGAUCUUGUAGCUAAAUUUAAGGCAAGAUUAAGAUGUUCCGAGGAUAAGCAGGCUUUUGCUGAGAUCCUGAAGAGAAUCUCGAAGAUACAGAAAACUACAAAUGGAUCCAGUUAUGUUAUCCUGAGAGGAAGGUAAUUAUGCAUUACCCAGUGAUUGGUUGUGCCGGAAGAUGCAGCAUCAAAAAGAAAAUAUGCGGAUACAUCAUUGGCAGCUUAUACUGGUUGAUAUCAGAUAACUUUCAGAUUUUGUGCACCAUCUUCGAGAUACCAUGAGGAAUUUGAUAUUAAUUUUAAUUAUAGUAUGUUGAUGACCAUUGAGUGUAAGAGUUUGUUCUUUUUCUAAAAUCAGAUUUCAGAUGAUCAUAUUGGAUAUGGAGAUGGUGUUACACUAAUGCGUUGCAUAAACAGCUUAUUACCGGUCAGCACUAAUGCAUUGCAAAACCAUCUUAUAAAAAAAAACACAUGUAUUUAAAACAUCACUGAACAUCAGCUGUUAUUUAUAAAUUUAGACUGUCAAGUCUUAUCCGUAUAUAUUGUAAAAAAAGGGUUUAUCUUGUAUUAUUGCA